UAACAUUUUACUAUCUUUCAAAAAAAAAAAAAAAAAAAAAAAUAGGUGAACAUGAUAUGGAUCGGGAAUUUAAAUUGCCCAGCACUACAUUCAUUGGUGGAGAAGAAAAUCAAUUGCCCUUAAGAGAAAUUUUGAAUCGUUUGGAAAAUGUAUAUUGUAAUAAAAUUGGUGUUGAAUUCAUGUUCAUCAAUUCAUUGGAACAGUGCAAUUGGAUUCGUAAACGUUUUGAAACUCCUGGCGUUAUGAAUUUCUCACCUGAAAAGAAACGUUUGAUUUUGGCUCGUUUGACACGUGCUACUGGAUUUGAAGGUUUCUUGGCUAAGAAAUACUCUUCGGAGAAACGUUUUGGUUUGGAGGGUUGUGAAAUUAUGAUUCCCGCUUUGAAGGAACUUAUCGAUGCCUCUACAGAGUUGGGUGUUGAAUCUGUGAUUAUGGGUAUGCCCCAUCGUGGUCGUUUGAAUACAUUGGCCAAUGUAUGCCGCAAACCUUUACAUCAAAUCUUUACACAGUUUGCUGGUUUGGAAGCUGCUGAUGAUGGUUCCGGUGAUGUAAAAUACCAUUUAGGUACAUACAUUGAACGUUUGAACCGUGUCACAAACAAGAAUAUUCGUUUGGCUGUUGUUGCUAAUCCCUCUCACUUGGAAGCUGUCGACCCUGUUGUACAGGGUAAGACUCGUGCUGAACAGUUCUACCGUGGUGAUCAAGAAGGCAAUAAGGUUAUGUCUAUUUUGAUUCACGGUGAUGCUGCUUUCUGUGGUCAAGGUGUUGUCUAUGAAACUAUGCACUUGUCUGAUUUGCCCGACUAUACUACUCAUGGUACAAUUCACGUUGUUGCCAAUAACCAAAUUGGUUUCACUACUGAUCCACGUUUCUCACGCUCCUCACCAUACUGUACCGAUGUUGCUCGUGUUGUGAAUGCUCCCAUUUUCCACGUCAACGCCGAUGAUCCCGAGGCUGUUAUGCAUGUGUGCAGAGUUGCCGCCGAAUGGCGUAACACUUUCCACAAGGAUGUCGUUAUCGAUUUGGUCGGCUAUCGUCGUAAUGGCCACAACGAAAUUGAUGAACCCAUGUUCACCCAACCUCUUAUGUACCAAAAGAUCAGAAACCACAAAAUCUGUUUGGAUCUCUAUGCCGAUAAACUUAUCGCCGAAGGCACUUGCACCGCUGAAGAAGUUAAAUCAGUGGCUGAUAAAUACGAAAAGAUUUGCGAAGAAGCCUUCGAAUUGGCUAAGAAGGAAACACAUAUUAAGUACAAGGACUGGAUCGAUUCUCCCUGGUCUGGUUUCUUUGAAGGCAAGGAUCCUUUGAAGGUAUCACCCACUGGUGUAAAGAUCGAAACCUUGGUACACAUUGGCAACAAAUUCUCUUCACCACCACCAAAUGCUGCUGAAUUCGUAAUUCACAAGGGUCUUACUCGUGUUUUGAAUGCCCGCAAGGCUAUGGUUGAUGAAGGUGUUGCCGAUUGGGCUCUUGGUGAAGCCAUGGCCUUUGGCUCUCUCCUUAAGGAAGGUGUUCAUGUCCGUUUGUCUGGUCAGGAUGUUGAACGUGGUACCUUCUCUCAUCGUCAUCAUGUUUUGCACCAUCAAUUGGUUGACAAGGCUACUUAUAAUGCCCUCCAACACUUGUACCCCGAUCAAGCACCUUACUCCGUUUCGAACAGUUCAUUGUCUGAAUACGCUGUACUUGGUUUUGAACACGGCUACUCCAUGACUAAUCCCAAUGCCUUGGUCUUAUGGGAAGCUCAAUUCGGUGAUUUCUUUAAUACAGCUCAAUGUAUUGUCGAUCAAUUCCUUUCCAGUGGUCAAGCUAAGUGGGUACGUCAAUCCGGUUUGGUUAUGUUGUUGCCUCAUGGUAUGGAAGGCAUGGGUCCUGAACAUUCAUCGGCUCGCGUUGAACGUUUCUUGCAAAUGUCUUCUGACGAUCCCGACUAUUUCCCUCCAGAAUCUGAGGAAUUCGCUAUCAGACAAUUGCACGAUAUUAAUUGGAUUGUUGCCAAUUGCACUACCCCAGCUAACUUGUUCCACAUUUUGCGUCGUCAAAUUGCUUUGCCCUUCCGCAAACCCUUGGUACUCCUUACUCCCAAAUCUCUAUUGCGUCACCCAGAAGCCAAGUCACCUUUCAGUGAUAUGGCUGAAGGCAGUGAAUUCCAACGUAUCAUCCCCGAAAAGGGAAUUGCUGCUGAAAACCCCAGCGGUGUUAAGAAGGUUAUUUUCUGCAGCGGUCGUGUAUACUAUGACUUGACCAAACAACGCAAGGACAAGGGCUUGGAAAAGGAAAUCGCUAUUGUUCGUGUUGAACAAAUUUCUCCCUUCCCCUUCGAUCUAGUCAAAGAACAAGCUAACUUGUACAAGGAUGCUGAUUUGGUUUGGGCUCAAGAAGAACACAAAAAUCAAGGCUGCUGGUCUUAUGUGCAACCACGUUUCUUGACCGCCCUUAACCACGAUAGAAAUAUUAGCCCCCAUGAUGCUACUUCCUCUUCCACUACUACUACCACUACCAAUACUAAUGAGUCCGAUUCCGCUAAUCAAUCGAAACCCUGGUUAAGUCGUAUGUUUACAUCUGGUGGUAGCAAGUCUGCUGAUAAUGAUGCCUCCUCUGGCAAUCAACAGCAGACUGGUGAAUAUUGUGAGAAGAAACAUUUUGAUUUGAAAAAUGUACGAAAAGAUUUCAAUAGACCCGCUGGUCAUUCUGCGGCACCUGGUGUGCGUGUUUCUAAAACUGGACGCAAAAUUAGCUAUGCUGGACGUCCAUGUGGUGCUUCGACUGCUACCGGUUCUAAGGCUCAACAUAUACGUGAAUUGAAUGCUUUGUUGGCUGAUGCCAUCAGUAUCUAAAUGACUCUUAAAUAAAUGAUGAUAAAUGGAGAAAUUUCAUCAUCAUCAUACAAAAACAUCUUAUUAUCAUCAUUUAUUUUAUUUUAUUUUUUUUUAAACACAACACAAUUUCUAGUGACAAACUUUUAACGACUUAAAUGGAUCUAUCAUACAUACGCGCAUACAUAUACAACAUUUAAAACUAUAAAUAUAUUGAAAAGAUAUUUUUUUUCUUAAUUUUAAUUUUAUUUAAUUGAUUAUGUUAAAUAUAUAUAUAUAUCUACUAUACUUUAAACAUACACCCACACAUACACAUACAUAUUUUCUCUGUCUUUGACAAAAUUUGAAAAAAAAAAUGAAAUGUUUGUUUUUCGUUUAAAAAGUGAAACCAAACAAACAUUUUAAAUUACCAAUCUUUAACUAUUAAAUAUUAAACAAAAAAAAAAAAAAAAAAUAACAACAAAAACGAAAAAUGUAAUUUAGUUUAGAUAAUUGUAAAACUAAGAAAUGUAGUUAAAACUUCUUUAAACAGAAAAAAAAACUAAUAAAUCUCCUCUUAAGUUUUAA